AAGAGGGAAAAAGAGAAGGAUGUAUAAAAUGACGGCAAGAGUGAGAGGAGAGGAGAGAAGGGAAUAGCAGAAAUGGAGAGAAGGGGAAGAGAAUCUCUCAUAUUUGUGAGCUUAUUAUGCCUAAUGGUAACCCUAACAGAGUCUGCGACUGUGACCAUACCAGUAGGAGUGAUUCUGGAUUUGAACUCAUCACUUGGUAGUAUCACCCUCAACUGCACCAACCUCGGACUCCUCGACUUCUAUUCCACACAUGAUUCCUACGCGACCAGGCUCCAACUCCAUUUCUGGCAUUCUGGAAACGAUCUCCUCACUGCAGCUAUUGCAGCUUGGAAUCUGAUAAAUGGAAAAAAGGUGCAUGCAGUCCUGGGACCUCAAAACUCAGAGCAAGCGAGGUAUGUUGUAGAACUUGGUAAGACGAACGAUGUACCAGUGAUUUGGUUUUCUCCAUCUGGUCCAUCUCUGUUGCCACCUCGUACCCGAUUCUUCAUCCACUCCAACUCCACCAGAAGCCAUUGCUCUCAGUUCGAAGCUAUAGCAGCCAUUAUCGAAGCUUAUGAUUGGCAGUCUGUGAUCCCCAUUUAUGAAGAUCCAGAAUUCGGCAACGACCUCAUUCCAUGCCUCUCUUAUGCCCUGCAAGACAUGGACACUCGAAUGCCUUACAUAAGUGUCAUCAAUCAAACUUCCACGGAUUCUCAAAUCGCCGGUGAGCUUAACAAGAUAAAAGCCCAGCGAACAUUUGUGUUUGUCGUUCAUAUGUCUCUGGAGCUUUGGUCAAUAUUUGCGGAACAUGCCAAAAAUGCGGGCAUGAUGAGCGAAGGAUACGCUUGGAUACUUACGCAAGGCCUGUCUUCUGUGAUGGAUCCCGAAGCUUUAGAUGUCAGAAUGAAAGGCUAUAUGGAUGGUGCGUUGGGUGUGAGGCCAUUCGUGUUAUCCAACUUAACUAAGCGCCUUUCCUUAGUUAGAAAAUUAAAGUCUGAGUACGAUAAAACUCUUUCUCUAAAUGGCUUGUGGGCUUAUGACACUAUCACAGCAUUGGCCAGAGCCGUAGAGAAGGCCGGCUUAGUCAGUUUUAAUGAAAGUGGAGCUGAUCUUCGCAACGAAACAGGCCCAGAACUUCGCGGAGCAAUUCUGGAUACUGAUUUCGUUGGCUUGUCAGGGAAUUUUAAUUUGAGGCAAGAACAACUAGAACAAUCACAUGUUGUGGUAUACAAUGUGCAAGGCCAAAAAGAAAGGACAAUUGGAUAUUGGAGCCCCGAAAAAGGACUUGUUCGAAUGCAAAGUGUACGUGGUGAACCAAUAUGGCCGGGUAACACUAAGGAGAUACCACCCAAGUUGAAAGUUGGGGUCCCAAAGACGCAUUUUACUGAAUUUGUUGAUGUUAAUGGGAGUGUAGAAGGGCAGCAUGUAUCAGUUGCUGGCUUUGCUGUUGAUGUAUUUAAGCAAGUGGUUGGCCUCUUGCCAUUACCUUUACGUUAUGAGUUUGUGCCUUUGAACAACAGUGAUGGAGAGCUGACUCCCUUCAGCUAUGAUGAUCUUCUCUGCCAAUUCGCAGACAAGAAAGUUGAUGUUGAUGUUAUAAUUGGAGACAUUACAAUUGUAGUGAGUCGCACAAAUUGUGUUGAUUUCACAAUGCCGUAUUUAGAUUCAAGUGUGUCCAUGGUGGUAAAGAAAACGGAGGAUGAUGUCACGGGAAGCAAAUCCGAAAUUAAAACAAAGGAUGAUGUUAGAGGAAGCAAAUCUGCAAAUAAAACAGAGGAAAAUGUCGAAGGAAGCAAAUCCAAAGAAAAAACAGAGGAUGAUGUCACAGAAAGCAAAGCUGAAAAUAAAACAGAGGAUGAUGUCAGAGGAAGCAAAUCCGAAAAUAAAACGGAGGAUGAUGCUGGAGGAAGCAAAUCCAAAGACUUUGUCCGCAAUCCCUUCCUUAUUUACAUGAGCGAUGUUGGGUUUUUGAAAAGUGGCACAUCUAAAUGGCUGGUGAUAGGGGUCAUGUUUAUAUUGACCAUAGUACUGCAAGUUUAUACCGCAAAUUUGACAUCAAUUUUAACAGAUAGGACAAACCCGAAGCCUCCUCCAUGGAAGGACGUGCAGGAGAUUAGAAGGAGCAAUCGGAAAUCGUAA